AUGGCUACAUUAGAAGAUAAGGCACUCUGGGAGAAUCAAGAACAAGAAGAUGAUGAUGUUGGACAAGACAUUCUUCGUUUAGCUCCAGAAGAAAUCACAAACAGAACUCGACUCUUGGAGAAUGAUAUCAAGGUCAUGAAAUCCGAAAUCGUUAGACUUCAACAUGAACAAGCUGCCAUGAAGGAAAGAAUCAAGGACAACAAGGAAAAGAUUAAGAUGAAUAAGCAACUUCCAUAUCUCGUUGGUAACGUUGUUGAGCUACUGGAUGUUGACCCUGAGGAGGAUGAGGAGGAUGGCGCUAACGUCGACUUGAACAGUCAAAGAAAAGGAAAGUGCGCAGUUAUCAAAACCUCAACAAGACAGACCAUCUUUUUACCCUUGAUCGGUUUGGUGGAUGCAGAUACUUUAAAGCCUGGAGAUCUUAUUGGUGUCAACAAGGACAGUUUCUUGAUCUUGGAUACAUUACCAGCUGAAUACGAUUCACGAGUGAAAGCAAUGGAAGUCGAUGAGAAGCCCACUGAAGAUUAUAAUGACAUUGGUGGUCUAGAUAAACAAAUUGAAGAGUUGGUUGAAGCCGUUGUUUUACCAAUGACACAUGCGGAUAGAUUCAAGAACUUAGGUAUCAAACCACCCAAGGGCGUUUUGAUGUACGGACCUCCUGGUACUGGUAAAACAUUAUUAGCAAGAGCCUGUGCUGCACAGACAAACUCUGCCUAUCUCAAGCUAGCAGGACCUCAAUUAGUACAAAUGUUUAUUGGUGAUGGCGCUAAAUUGGUGCGCGAUGCUUUUGAAUUGGCCAAGGAAAAAUCGCCAGCUAUCAUCUUUAUUGAUGAAUUGGAUGCCAUUGGUACUAAGCGUUUUGAUUCAGAAAAAUCUGGUGAUCGUGAAGUCCAGCGUACCAUGUUGGAAUUAUUGAACCAAUUGGAUGGUUUCUCUUCAGAUGAUCGUAUCAAGGUUAUUGCAGCCACAAAUCGUAUCGAUAUUCUGGAUCCUGCUUUAUUACGUUCUGGCCGUUUGGAUCGUAAGAUUGAAUUUCCCUUACCUAAUGAGGAAGCCAGAGCUCGUAUUAUCCAGAUUCACUCCAGAAAGAUGAAUGUCAGUAAAGAUGUCAAUUUUGAGGAGUUAUCGAGAUGUUGUGACGAAUUCAAUGGUGCUCAAUGCAAGGCUAUCUGUGUAGAAAGUGGUAUGUUGGCUCUUCGUCGUGGUGCUGUUGAAAUUACACAUGAAGAUUUCAUGGAGGCUAUUCAAGAAGUUCAAGCUAAGAAGAAAAUGACUUUACAAUACUAUGCGUAA